AUGGUCAAGAAGCCCAAAAAGAAGCAGGAGACUCCAGAGACCGGUGAGGAAGUCCUGGUUUCGGCACCGCAGAAGCCAGAUGUCAAGAGCAAGAAGAGGAAAAGACAGGAAAGCAAGAGCGAACCCGUCGAGAUCGAAGCUGUCGAGAAGCCAGCUGAGAAAGACGCUGAUGCUGCUGAGCGUCUCCGGCGGGCCUUGCAGAGGGACAUUCAACAGCUCGUCCUCAGGCUUCGCAGUGAAGGCAAGUCAAAGGCUGAAAUAAAAAGCGCAACCCAUGAGCUGAAGGCACAACACGGAGCUGUCAGCAAGUCGAAAAGCUUGAAGAGCAGCAAAAAGCAGAAAUGGGAAGCCAAUGCUGCAGAAAGACGGAAGACGCACCUGCAGCGACAACAUGAUUUAGUUGUGAUCCCAGUGGUGUGGCGUGGGCGGCACGACAAAUUGGACGUUCUCCAAGCUGCGGAGAAUGUCAAAGCCUGCCUCGCGCAGCAGGGCUUGGACGUUUGGCUGGAUAGCAGGCGUCAUCUGACCCCUGGUCAAAAGUUUUCACACUGGGAGCAUCGUGGCGUGAUGCUACGCGUGGAGAUUGGACCACAGGAUCUGCAGGCACAGGUAUGCCAAGUUUGCAAAGCAAAAACUGCUGGCGACUACCAGUCUGUUGAAAGGAAGCAGGUGCCUCUACCACCUGCUGGCGCACGAUCUUUGCUGCUACGGCUGAAAGAGUGGGGUUUGUCGCAGCUCGAUGUUGAAAGACGUGAUGGUGACUCCGAAGACGAAGCUCCAGAGGUGCGCGGCAGACACCAAAAGCCCAAGGCCUCACCGGAGGAAGAAGAUGAAGUGCAAGGCUCAUGCCACUUGGCUGCCGCUCAGCAGGGAGGAGGCUGGUGGCUGCGUGACCACAACCCCGCCAGCCUCAGGGACGCAGGACUUGGAGAUCGCGAUGACUCCCGAUCGUCGCAAAUUCGAGCCUUCGAGCAUGGAUUGAGCAGCGAAGGCUGGUCGACUUGGCUAGAAUGGCCCGAUCCCUCCUCAUCGCCCGACCGUGCUUGGUCCUGGGACAUCGGGCUCUGCAUGGUGUUCGACGGUGAGCUUCAUUGGCUGGAUGCUGUUUGGCAACGCGCGAGCUGGAUGCCGAAAAGCCGGCGCCACGACCAACGAUGCUGUGCCGGAAAGGCAUCUUGCAAUAUGAUACAGGACUGGUGGUCGGCGGCGGAGGGCACAACCGGCUCGUGUUGGCGUGCACGCUCAGCAGUCUGCUCAAGAGGAACUGGGGAAAUUGCGAAGCCGUGCGAACACUACAACGCCGAAAAGCUGUUCCUGGCUGGUGUGCACCCCCGGAAGUUUGGCGCAUGUUGCUUUUCCCAUCAGAGCAUUGCCAUCGAGGCGCAUCUUUGUCGUCGCAAUGUCAUGCCCAAGUUGAGCCUCGGCUUUUGCACACACUGGUGCAAACACGGGCAUCACAACGCGUGCCUGCUCUGUGGAACAUUUCAUGCCCGGUUGAAUUGGACAAGCGCAAUAACAAGCCUGGCUGCAGUGGGAAGAGGCCCAUUCACCUGUUAUGUCCUGUCGGAAAGGCUUACUUUCAUCAGCUAUGGACGCGAACAGUGCCAAGAUAUGCACAUCAUGCUUGCAGGUUCGUUCGCCACCGGCGUCGUGAGCAAGCGAUCACACAGCAACGUUGCGUUAGUUGGCGCCUCCAGCAUGCUGGGUUGGGGCAUGAUGCAGCAGUACGCCAACAUGCCCGUCCUGACGAUGUGGCGACACUGGCAGAGGGACUUUUGCUACCAGGAAGAACGACAUGGUGAUGGAGGUGAUCCACAGUUUUUGGUGUGGCGAUUCACGCAGGGCAGGAGGCAGUCUGCGGGCAUCUACCAGAACUGGAAGGCUUGGGGCCACCGAGAGGCUGGCCCGCUGAGGAUGACUCAGGAUGACCGCAAACGAGGAGUACUGUACCGUGAGUCCAACGAGGCUGACUACGCCAUGAUCCUGACGGACACGGACCUGAAGUUUGAGGCCGAGAACAGCCCCGAGGCCAACGUAACGCUCCAGCUCUGCAAGUCGAAAAUGGACCAUGAGGCCUCUGGCGGCAGUUAG